ACUGCUCACACACACACACACACACACACAUAUUGUCCGACCCUCCGAAGGCAGUCUCUCUCUCUCUCUCUCUAUCUCUCUCUCUCGGGCCCACCGAAUGGAUGUGGUGCGCCCGCUGCUCCACACGGCAGAGCAGAUUAGCCACGAGCUCCUGCGUGCAUGCGACAGAGAUGAGACAUACAUGGUUGGACGUGCUGCCCCGUGCAAAUGUAUUGAUUGUGCGUGUCUUCCGUACCUCUGAUGAGUCAACCUUGCGAAUGCUGGGUUUGACAACAGCGGCUGAUGCCCGCCCUUGUGAUGCCGAGGACCGCCUCGGCGCGAUGCCCUUUGCGACCCCGGGCGGCAAGCCCGCCGAGCUGCUGCGGCUCCUGAAAAUCAGACAGAGAGCAAGCAAGACAACGUAUGGGGACGUCCUCGCAAUGGAUGUCUCUGCGUGUCGCCCAUAUACUUUGAUCGCAUGAAGAUGCUGUCGCCGUCAUCGUCCAUGAAGACGCGAGUGCGCCGAUGGUGACGCUGAGAGACAUGAGAAAUGCAUCAGCAAGCAGCAGAGAUGCAUCGUGGCACGCUCCAGCUCACUCACUUUGGGCUCUGUGUCGUCCAUGUGGUGGUCGUGGUCAUCAUCGUCGUGGUCGUCAGACCCGAAGCUGCCGCCGCUGCCUCCCUUGGCCACCCGACGCCUACUGCCCAAUUCAGACAGCAGACCCUGGGUGCUGUGAAUCGCAUUCAUCAAAUCUACAGCAACCUACACACACAUACAGACCAUCACGCGCGCACACACACAGGGUCAGUGUGCAUUCGCCGAAAAAGUGGAUGAAGUGACUGACUUCUUGCAGCUGGGUCUUGGGGUCGGCUCCCUGCACAGAGAGGGUCUUGCUUAGGGGGAAGAAUGAGUACAGGUGGUGCUCCAGCUGCUCUAUCACAUACUGCUCGGAUCCGGUGAACUCAAGUGGCUCCUUUUGUGCGAGAUGGAAGAGCAAGCCAAUGUAUUCCCACAGAUCAUGUUCCUUGUUCAGAUGCACAAUAAAUCCAGGGCCAUAUCUGCACACACACAGACAGCACGGCAAACCUUCGUUGAGGGCUUCUUCUUGCUUCGAGUUGGCCGACCUGUUGAUGAUUGGCCUGGUGAGUCCGCACACGAGGCACUCAUUCUCCAGUGUCUCCAUAAAGAUGCGAUGCUCGUCUCGUGCCUUGCCCAGCCCGUCAACCAGAAGAGCCAGUAUCAGAUUCAACAUGUACAUGUUGAUCACCAGAAAAAACGCAAAGUCAAAAAACCACCGGGGGGGGUUGUUUGGGUCCAUUUACAUCGAGACACACGCAGACGGCCACACGUAUGGCCGUCUCUCGCUCUGUAGCCGUAUUAGGUGAGUGACUGACUGACCGGAAGUAGAAGAGUGCGUCUCUUUCGAUGUUUUGCAGCUCGUCCUCAUUGCGGUCAAACAGCGACUGCCGCCCGGCGUCGUACCAAAUGGGGCGAAUCACAUCUGCGAUGCCGCCAUUGGCUCUGAACCCCAUGUUGGCGGUAUACAGGAAGACAUUCAGCAGAGAAUUCCCGUAGUACGUGCCCUGCAUCAACACAUCAUCCGCACACAUGUGGGUGCAUGUUGGUGUGGUGUGUUGAGACAGCCCUACCUGCCAUGAGCCGGGCCAGAUGGACAUGGCGCGGUUAAAGAGUACGUAGCCGGCAGCCGAGAAGACAAAGGCCAACACGACCGACAGGGCGAAGAGGCGGGCAAUGACGCCAAGCUUGCCCUUGAUCUUCUUGAGAGUCCCAUCAAGACCUGCACACGCACACAGACACGAGACAUCGAUGAAGGUGAGGCGCUCAGCCACUCAGGCGCCCACCGGACACGAUGAUAAAUUCCACGAGCGUUAUGGACACGAAUAUGGGGUGGAGGAUGAGCCCGAACAGACAGAAGAUGGCAUAGCAUAGCCGAUACCAGCUGUUCCAAUUGUAGAACAGAGAACCUGACAAGCACACACAUCACACACACACCACAGCGUUGAUGGGAGUGAUGCCUUGAUGAAUGGGUGCACGAACUUAGAAAGAAAACGGUGAAUGCCAGCUUGUCCCUGCCCUCCGUGAUGCUGUCGAAAUGCCUCACCCACCGAUGCAGCCAAUAGCUACACACACACACGUGUACAUAGUGGCGCUAUUGGUCAUUCAUUCACUCACUGAAAAGACGGUCCGCCGUCAGGCAAUGGGCCCGUGAAGCUCCUCUUGGCAGCGCUCUGAUGUGUCAGGGUGGACAUGCUUCGCGCAUAUCCGAGGGUGGACCUGCUCUUGUGGAAGUCCUUGCCCCUGGUCUUCGGUGAGCCCUCAGCCACGAUGAGCCUUGCCUUCGGCGACACCUCGGUCACAUUACGCGACGCCCUCUUCUGAAUGAUCUCGUCUGAACCCAAUGGAAUCGCCUCUGUUGACAAACUGACACACACAUCACACAAGGAUAUUCGUGGCGCUGUCCCCGCGCUUCCCCCAUUCACACACCUGUUCAUGACGUUCAUGGGCAGGUAGUUUGAUGUCUCAAUGGCGAGCAUAAUAAGUGCGACCCCCAGGUGAAUCCAGCCGGCCGAUGUGAAGAUGUAGUCGCCCCACGGGUGUGCCCAAUGGAACUCCCAGGUAAAAGACAGCGGUGCUUGCAGCUCCUCCUCUGACAUGCAGUAGUAGCAGUCAUCUUCGUUGAAUCUCUCGAUGCCCAGGGGCGGGUGGUUCUUGUUGUUGUUGCCAAGCAUAAGGAACACAGCCAUGAUGCUAUUCGCUACCUACGUGCAUCAUCACAACAGGAAUGUGGGCAUCUGUACGUAUUAUGGUGGUCGGCACUCACGAGUGAGAGUCCGAAUAGGACACACGAGAUGGCGUAGCUGCUGGUCGUGCUGAACCAGCUGCCCAUCCAGCCGAUGCGCCACUUGUCCAGCCAUGCCUGCCGCUUGGCCACCCAUCGGCUGCAGGCAAGGAUGGUCAUGCCCACGCCCAUAAUGAGCGUCAGGUGCCGCCGCUGGCUGCCCAGCUCCAGCUUCUGGAAUAAGAUCUGGCGGCAGAGAUUGGGGUCGAGCGAGAAGAAGUAGAUGAGCUCGGGAGGCACAGGGAAAUACAACACCUCUGCAGGAAGCCACUUGGUGAGUUGCUUAUGUGCGCUGUGUCUCUGAGUCUUUUCUCGCUCACCAAGGACACCAUUGCGAUCGAUUUCGACUCGUGCGACCUUGAGAACGGCCCGCAUCCGUAGGGAUGCCCACCUCUCGUUGAGGGAGGUGUUGCGGACCCAAAACAUAGACCAGCGCUCCAUACCACGCAGCGACGGAUGGCCGGCUGAAGCAUUAAUGGGACGGACAGGGAGACAGACACAUCGGUGCAUCCAUGUGCUGCAUCUGUUAUGUAUGUGUGUGUACCUACUCGGAUGGAAGAUGUCCAUUGAAUCCGCCAGCUGGUAGAGCAAGGCCAGCACCUGACUCGACGCCUCCGCGUCCAACGCCUUGACAUUGUCCGCCAUCUCCUGUAUGGGUCGUCACAGGCAGACGCCACGGAAUUAUCUUGUAGUCGACGAAAAUGACUGGUCGGCUCACCCGUUCGAGUAUUUUGUAGUAGUGUUCUAUGCGUCUGAGAAGCACCUGUUUCUUGAAGUGGAGGAUGAACUGCAGAAUGCAGUCUUCCUCCUCUGGGCGACCCUAACACAACCGACACCCAUCCUCCCUCCUCUUUUCCCAUACAUGGCGCUUCAGGCACGUGUACGGACCUUUUCAUAAAGCUCGAGCAAUGACACAAGGAAUGUCAGAAUAGACUCUUCCAGCGACUCCUCGUUGCCGUCUAUCUCUCUCUCCUCCUCCAACACAGACUCGGGCAGCUGCUCCAGCAGACGGAACGCCUCCAAAUGGAGACCGUACACAAGCGUCUUCACCUGAGCACACAAACGCGCAAACACCGUGGCACGCACACCCGUAUAUGACAGCUCCCUUGGCGCUUGUCCGACGACGAGUGGACUACCUGAUUUGCGUAGCAAGGGCCCUGCAGAGUCUCGGUGACGGUGCGGAGGCACCUGUGGAUGAUCUCUAUCUUAUUGUUGGCUAUGUACUGCUCAGCGUUGAUCAACACGGUCCUCACUGUGUCGCACAGCCGGUCCAUGAUGCCCAGAGGAUUCAAUGCCCUGCAAAGAAUAGACACAGAUGCAGAGACUUGAUACACCAUCCAGUUCGGUGUCUCAUUGGCGUCUCCAUUUUCGACCUUUGUGAGAUCUUUUGAUGGUGCUCACAGAGGGCCUUGACGCAGUUUAGAAAAGCGGCAAGGAAUGGCUGCGACGCGAGACCGCUCACAGACCUGCCAUACUCGUCCGUGCCGAUGGUGCGGCCCUCUACCUGAGCAAUGCGAGACAGCAGCGCACCAUGCCGCCCUGCCGUCUGGUCGACGUCGGAUGGCACAAAAAAGUGUAUGCACAGCUCGUCGAAAUCCAUGGGGCUCGUGUCCAGCUGCUGCGAGGCCAAGUCGCCCAAUAUGGUCAUAAUACAAUGCAGCAGUAGACACAGCAGUUUCUCCAUGCCCAUCAGCCCCUGCUUCACGCCAAAGUUAACGAAGCCCUCCUCGUCCUCUGCUGCUGGUUCCUCUUCCUGCCGUGUCUGGUUUGUCGCGUCCACGCCGUCGUUGGUGUGGUUGCCCAGGCCGUCGUCUUCCUCAUCUUUCAAAUACACCUCCUCCAACUGGUCAAUCACCCGCUCCCCAAUCAUCCGCAGCGCCUCUGUGAAGCGGACAUAACCGAUGAAGGCGAUCGAUGGCGGCAGGUUGAGACGAAAGGCAGAUGGCGGCGGCGUCUCCACACACCGCCGAAGCAGCGUCCCAAUGGCGUUCUCGCUCGUGCCGGUCAGGGCCAUCGUGCCUCGCCGUGGGGGUGCAGGCACGCCUGUGUCGUGGAACACGGGACUCUCGAACACGUUCCUCUCCGAGAGAAGGGUCAUGAUCUCCUGCAGCCUCGUAGAUAGCAUAUGCAGAGAGUUGUAGUCGAGUGCUGUGGGGAAUGGCGGGACGGAGCGAGCGAAUUCCUGAAUCCAUCGGAUCUCCUCCUCAAUCUCGUCCUCCCACGCCAGCACGAAUGCGCUGUGCCGCUUGUGCUCGCCGCUGCCCUCCCCUCCAGGUAACACCGACGGCAGCCCGAACCAGGUAUCACGGAUGGUCGUGGUUGUGCGAGAGCGGAAGGUGACGCCUGGCCUCUGAUCAUAGGAGUGCCCCCGCCUGGGCGGCGACCUGAAGUCCUCCUGCAU